AUGCCAGAAGAACCCCCGAAACCGGCUGCGACGCGGACGCGAGCAGCCAAGCCGCGCGCCGGCAUCCAGCGCAAGACGCGAGAAGAGCGAGAACAGUUCGCCAAACAAGAGGCCGAGAGACAACAGGCGCGUAAUGCUGAGGCGGCGAAGAAUGCCGGUCCGCGCGGUGGCAUAAGAGGAGGACGCGGUGGUCGAGGAGCCCGCGGUGGCUCUUCGGCUGCGGGUUCUGGUGAUUCAAGAACGAGAGAUGCAGCCCCUGGGGCGGGCGGUGGUGUCUUUGGUGUGGGUACUGGUUUGAGAUCCGCGCGAGUGAGGACCCUUCCUGAGGGGCAUAGUGAAAUGUUGGGUGAGGGACAGUCUAGUCGUGGGCCGCCGGUCAAGACGACGGAGGGUGAGGAAGAUGGUGUCGGAGGUGGAGGUGGAGGAGGUGGAGGAGGUGGAGGAGGUGGUGGCGGCGGUGGUGGGCGAUCGACGAAAGCGAACCGAGAAAUCAAUGAUAUCGAUAUUGCUUCGGACGACGAGCCCGACGAACUCAAACGCGACAUUGAGCAGAUUUGGCUCUCGAGCGGUGAUGAAGACGACGACGACGAAUAUGACGAUGACGACGCCAUUGUCUCUGCAAAGCGGAAGCAGAAAGCAGUGCGGCGCACUCCACGCGAUGGCGGUGGUCUACGACCGGUCAGAGCGCCUCGUGCGCCACGAGAAGACGAUGAAUUCAAACCUGGCGCACGCAACAAAACUAAUCGAGCUCUUAAAAAGAGCGAGUCCGACAUGCACGACAACGAAGACGCGGACGAAAAUGCCAUGGAUCUCGACGAGCAACCUGCCUCCUCAACUGCAAUCAAAGACCAGCCUCCGCUGAGCCCCGACGCGAGGAGACGGACCCUGAGAAAAUCCGGCACAAAGUCAAGAGAUACACGGCUCGUGGCAGGGACGAUAGAAGAUCGAGCGGAGCGCGAGAGAAUUGCAAAGGACACGGACAAACUGCGACAGGUCUUUCUUGGACGGCAGUCUCUACGACGGUCCGCCACGGUCGAGGCAGCUGACGACGGCGAGGAAGAAGAAGCCAAAAAAACCCUUGACGAAGAAGAUGACGACACAUUAUCCCUAACAAAAAACGGCAAGCUCUUCCUCUUCCAACUCCCACCCCUGACACCCUUCCUGUACGACCCCUCGACCGAGCCUCCCCCUGAACCACAAGUCAAACAAGAACCGGGCACGGGCGACACAACCACCGCCGCCGCCGCCCUUGCCUCUACCUCUGCCGCACCAUCGGCAUCAGGAAUCAAGAAAGAGCCUGGACCACAAACCACCACAGCCGGCACCAACCCCGACACCACCGGAGCCGCCACGAAACCAGCCCUCCAGCUCGACGGCCUCCUGACCGCCACCGAGCCGACGCGCCUCCCGCCCGGUCUCGUGGGCAAGCUGCGCGUCCACAAGUCCGGCAAAGUCAGUCUCGACUGGGGCGGCACGGACAUGGAGGUGCGAUACGGCACGGAAGUGGAUUUCCUGCAGGAUGCGGUCUUGGUCGAGACGAAGAAGGAGGUUCUGGAGGCGCAGAAGGACAAGGCCGUGGAGAAGGAAAAGGAAAAGGACCAGAACGGCAAUGUUGUUGAGGGUGAGGACGGUGAUCCGGAUGCUGCCCUGGAUUUUAGAGCCGGUAGGGGCUAUGCACUGGGUCAGGUCAGGAAGAAAAUGGUCUUGAUUCCGGAUUGGGCUAAGUUAUAUGAUUGA